AUUGGGAAAGCAUGAAGUAUUUUAGAGACUUGUAGCUUCGUCCUGCAGUUCGUAAAGUGUUGUGCAUAAAGUCGACAGUAGUCUUCAUGGCUCAUUUAAUGCGUGACGUUACACUUUAUGUGUCGAGUACGCUAAUAUCAUUCGACGGAUGACGAGCGCGUGUCACUGUUUUCUACUAACGUUAGUACAUUGACGUUACCGGUUUACAAGAGAAGGCGGUUAUGUUUUACUGUGUCGGUUUUUAAGAGGAAGAGAUGAAGCAGCUGUUGGAUUAUUGGUUUGGUCUUCAGUACGCUGAGGAGGACUGAAGGAUGGAUGAGUUACUCCAGUGUUGUUUCCAAGUCCCAUCAGUGGACUAACGGUGCUCCAAACAACGGUAAGCAGCGAUGGGAGAAAGAACAGAAAUUUGCAUUCUGGAACAAUUUAGAUGAUGAAUGCAGUCAAUCAGUUCCUCAAAAGGUACUUUGGGAAUAAUCAGAGCUGUAUCACUACUGAAAGUGUCUGCGAUACCCCUAAAUAAAUUUUUGGCUGUCUGAUGAUCCACAUUCAGAGGGAGAGAAGCAGCUGCAGCAAUGUGAUGAGGUCUGCAGUUCUCAGCCCAGCGGUUGCACAGCCUGAACAGUCUGGCAACGAUGAAAAAUACCUGUCCUCCUUGAACCAAACUAUUCAUAGGGAAGGCCUGAAGAUGUGCAGCUUGUCUGAAUCUCCUGCAUCAAUAGCAACAGAUGAUCUGGAUUUGGUCUGUUCCACAGAAAGAGCCAUUUUAUCGUACAUCAGUGGCAUAAAGACUGACUCAUCCUGUAACUUUUCGCACACUGGCGAUACACUAUCCCCUAGCUUAUUCUCCCUUUCCCCGUCCCCCUCAUCUUUCAGUGCCUUUUCUCCAUCCUUCUCAUCCCCUUCCUCCAGUCACUCUUCAGGCUCCAUGUCAGAGCUGUGCUUGACUUCUCCAUCGCUUUCAGCCCUCUGUGGUCCACCUGAGACCCAGGAGCUUCUCUACAGUUGCACAGCACAGCCUCCAGAGCAACACCUGUAUCCAAAAUCACCUAAGCAAGAACCAACUGCUGAGUUUCAUCUUUGUAGCAAGAAGCUUCUAGACAAGGAAGAACUUUUCCAGUAUCGCAGCAGUGACUGCAAGGAGCAUCUUAACUUUCACCAUUUUCAGACAAAAGAGCAGUUCAAGAAUAGUUUGGCAUUGAGUGGAGUUGAGGGAAUGAACGGGCAUCUAAGUGAACAGCAGCCUUGCAAAUGGAUGGAUUGUAGGGCUACCUAUGGACAGAGAGAAGAACUGGUGAGGCACAUCGAGAAGAUCCACAUAGAUCAGCGGAAAGGGGAGGAAUUUACCUGCUUUUGGGCAGGAUGUGUUCGUCGACACAAGCCCUUUAACGCUCGGUACAAACUGCUCAUUCACAUGAGAGUGCAUUCUGGUGAGAAGCCCAACAAAUGCAUGUUUGAAGGCUGCAAUAAGGCAUUUUCACGUCUGGAGAACCUGAAGAUCCACCUGCGCAGCCAUACUGGAGAGAAGCCCUACAUUUGUCAGCAUCCUGGCUGUCUGAAGGCCUUCAGCAAUUCUAGCGAUCGAGCUAAACAUCAGCGCACACAUCUGGACACGAAACCAUAUGCCUGUCAGCUUCCAGGAUGCACCAAACGUUACACUGAUCCCAGCUCACUGCGCAAACACGUCAAAGUCCACUCCAGCAAAGCACUGCAGGCACAAGACAAGGUCCAGCUGCACAGUCCAGUGGAGCAGGAUGUUGUGGACUUGCAGCAUCUUCAAGGCUCUAGUCCUUCAGUGUGCAGCCCUGAGCACAGGUGUCCCAUCUCUCUCACUGAGAUCCAUCAGGACGGCUUCAGUGUAUACUCAGAGGAGGAUGAAUCCUGCAGCAGAGCUUUAUCAGGAUCCUCCAGUGUGUCUCUGGAGCAGCUCAGCAGACACAGCAGCAUCAGUCUUCACAACCGCCUGCACAAUAACACCAUCAACAGCCAGCCGAGACUUGUUUGUGGAAUCAACCUGGCCAGUGGUACCAAUGAAGUCCAGUCUGUCUCAGAAAUACACAGCUCCUUCCUGAACUCACAUCAAAAUCUCAACCAGUUUAAUGAAGUGCCAAUAAAUCACAACGUUUUUCAGGCCACUUUUAAUCACGUUGAGCAGAUUUCCAAUGAUGGACGAGAUGAUAUGCAAAGCUUUGAGCAAAAUGGGUUUCCUUUGGCGUGUGUGAGAUCCUCUGGCUUCAGCCAAACCCAAAAUAUGCAGAUGAGGAAAGGGAACCGUCCCGCUAACUGUCCUCUUCCUGUCGGGAUCUAUGAGCACUGCCUCAGUCAGAUCUGCUCUCUAUAGACUUCAGAUGCAGCUUGGCACUUGAGAGCAGCAGAAAAAGAAGUACACGAAAGCGUUGAAUUUGAGGAACUCAAGUCUGAAUGCAGGACUGUGUGGAUCAACAUCCUCGGAGAGAUUCCUCAAGCAAAGUCUGGGUCUGACAGACCUGUAGCCAAGGGGGGUUCGGGUGGUUCAAAAGACCCACCUCCCACUGACAAAGCUCCAGAAUUUGUCCCAAACAUAAGUACAUUUAUCCUAUUUUGACUGCUAUGCCAUCAUAAAUUUAUAAUAAUAACCCAUCAAAGAAGACUUUAAGACCAAUAAAAAUGUUUGAAGCACCAAAAGCGUCCCACAUUAAAGUUUUUUUUUAUUUAAUUACCAAUUAGACUAUUGUUGUCAAUCAUGGCUUAACAAAUUGACUUAUUUAAUUUAUUAUUCAAGUGGCCAAAUUCAGACUGUGGAAGGUUGAAUGUGGCCAGUUUGUUAACAGUUUUUAAUUUGAAACUUUACAGACUGCUGUUUUUUGUUACAUCAAAAACUAUGGUUAUGAUGACUUUCUGACAGGCUAAUCCAGCAAAAAAUAAUGCUUAAACGUCACUAAAAUGCAGUAUUUAAUAGAAAAAUUAAAGUAAAAUAUAUUAUAAUUAUACAAAUUUACAUAGAAAAUGAAGCAAAUAACUUUAAAAAGGUCCACCUUUUGAGAAAAAAGAACCACCCCUUUCACCAGGCUGGCUGCAGGCCUGUCUGAGAAACUCGUCUGCCUGGGCACUGAUGAUGAUGAGGAUGAUGGAGCCUUACGUUUUGCUGCACUGUAAUUUGUGUAGGCACAGGGAAUGUUGAAUCAGUUGACAUUGAGUUGAUAACAUGACACAGUUCUUGAUGUAGCGUUUUGCUGUACUUUUAAAUAUUGUGCUUUGUCUCAUAUAUGAGAUGCCAUUGUAUCAUCAUGUGGUUUACCAAUGUGCCUUCUUUCUUUCUCAAAUAAAAGAAACCAAAAAUGA